UUCUCGUUGCCGUUGCAGCUCCCCCUCCCCCCGCGGCGCCUCUCCUUCGGAGCCAUGGUGCCUGUCUCGGGAGCCCCGAGGCUCGGCCGGGACCGCGGGGACCCAGCUUCCGAGAGUCGGGAGGAGCCGGGCAGCCCGCAGCUCUCGCCUUCCGCCUCCUUCUCGCGGUGGCUGGCCACGAGCCCGGGGGCGGGCGGCUCGCCGCUACGCCUGGCGGGGUGGGGAGGGAUGGCGGCGUCCGCGUGGCUGGAGGCCGGCUUGGCCCGGGUGCUCUUCUACCCGACGUUGCUCUACACUGUGUUCCGCGGGAGGGUGAGAGGAUGGGCUCACCGCGACUGGUACCAUCGCAUCGACUCCACGGUGCUGCUGGGCGCGCUGCCGAUGAGGAGCAUGACGCGCCGGCUGGUACUGGACGAGAACGUGCGCGGGGUGAUCACCAUGAACGAGGAGUACGAGACUAGGUUCCUGUGCAACACCUCGAAGGAAUGGAAGAAAGCAGGAGUUGAGCAGCUACGGCUCAGCACAGUUGACAUGACUGGGGUCCCCACCUUGGCCAACCUCCACAGAGGAGUCCAGUUUGCUCUCAAGUACCAGUCAUUGGGCCAGUGUGUCUACGUGCAUUGUAAGGCUGGGCGAUCCAGGAGUGCCACAAUGGUGGCAGCAUAUCUGAUUCAGCUUGACUCAUCUUUGCUGUUAUUCUGGCUCUUGCAUAGUAUUUCCAGUCAAGUGCACAAGUGGAGCCCAGAGGAAGCUAUAGAAGCUAUAGCCAAAAUCCGGUCACACAUCUCCAUCAGGCCUAACCAACUGCAAGUUCUCAAAGAGUUCCACAAGGAGAUUACUGCAAGAGCAGCAAAGAAUAACUGAUGACAACUCUCACACUGACAUCUCAAGAUUGUGAAGUCUGGGGAUGACAAAGAACUUGGCUCUACCCAAGUAAAAAAGUUUAAAGGACAAAGGGGCUUAAGCCAGAACAACACCCAAAUAUGCUGAGUAAUAGAUAAUGUGCCUCCUUUGCCUUCCUUCCCUGAAAUAACACUGUCAGAUGGCUACAGAGAACAGGAUUGUCUGGCUAAAUCUUACUUUCUUCAACAGGGUCAAGGAAAUAUUAAUUUUAACAGAAAUCUAUUGUGUAUCUGAUAUUUUGUGUAAUGACACCAUAACACGUUAAAUGCUAGAAAAGGAAAGAAUAAAUACUCAGAUCUGUUCUUUGUUA